GAUAGAGAGACGAAAUAUAGCAAAGAAGGAAAUACAGCGGUUACAAAUCAAGGACAAAUCAAAUCAUUCAAGACUGGAGGGCUUUGAUGUGUCUAGAAAUCACGAGUCCAAGACAAAACACAGACCUAAUGGAACAUACCACUAUACAAGUCUUCCGCAGGAGAAGGAUACAUAUGUUACACACGACGAAACAAAGAAGAAAGGCAAGAACAAAAAAGUGGUAAAGAAGAAAAGAAAGAAAAAAUCCGAAUCAGCGAAAUCUCCACGGCAAAUGAAAGCCCCAAGCCCCCCGCCAAAGUACUCAACGGGGGCACAUAGCUAUGAGAAUAGCUUUCCUUUAGAAAUGACAAUAGAAGGAAUUUCAGAUCCUGUAAUUUUCUAUCCUUCUAAAAAAAUUGAAAAGGCUUCACAAAAUACCUCUAACCCUUCAUCGCCAUCACGUGAUAUCGGAAAACACGUGACGAAGCGAAUUGAAAGUUACGACAAUCUUUCACCAGUCUCACCAAAGAAAGCCAUACCGAUAAAUAUACCCCCAAGUCCAAAGGUGGCCCAAAACAUCAGUGUCAAACCGAAGCCCCAACAAGCAAUGAUAUUAGACCCGGCUCCUCUUGCAAUGCGCGCUUCACCAGUAUCAUCUCGUGUAAAGAGCCCUGAGAAAUCACCAAUGAGACCUAGAAAGAUAUCAAGUUCUGAUCUAGAUCUUCAAUCAACACUGAAUCAAAUGACAUCGCCAUCUUCAUCGAGUCCAAAACGCCGUAUUCAAAGAGGCCCAAAGUUAGAAAGCCCAAAUAUAAAUCAGGGAGAGCUUUACAAAAAUCCUCCCUUGGCGAGUCCCGAGGAGCAAAUGACUUCACCAGUUGGAAGUCCUGAAAUAGUUCGCAUAGCUAAUGCACCAGUGCACAAACCGGAGAAGCCAGUGUCUCCUCCUGAACAAUCCAUUGCGACCCAUCCGCGAUUGGCGAGUCCCGAAGAUGCGUCUCCCAAACGACUUAUUCCACCGCCGAGUCCCGAAACAGCUCGUAGAGUGAAUUAUUUCCCCCAAGACAGUCCCUCUGCUGCACGCCGUAUGGUGGGAAAUCCAAAACAACCG